AGUGGCGUCCGACUUCGCCGCGCGUUGUGAAUCCGGGCGGUGGCGGCGUUCUUCAUCUCCCGCCGUUUCCAGCGUAGCGACCGCGGCUCCGGCUCGCUCAGGGGGAUCCAGCAGGGCCUAAGGGGAGCCGAGAGAACCCGGGGCUAACACGAGGUGAACGACGGGUUGCGCGACAAAGAUGUCCAAGUCUCUGAAGAAAGCCGUGGAGGAGUGCAAGGAUAAGGAUGUGCCGGAGUUGGACCUGAGUGACAAGGCUGUAUCCAACAUGUUGGACGUGCCAGGCCUCUUUGCGUUGAGUCAUCUCACCCAGCUGGUGCUCAGCCACAACAAGCUGCAGACUGUGACGGCGAACAUUAGUGAGCUGCGUAACCUGGAGGUGCUCAACUUCUUCAACAACCAGAUUGAAGAGCUGCCCACGCAGAUCAGCGGCCUGCAGAAACUCAAGCACCUGAACCUGGGGAUGAACCGGCUGAGCACGCUGCCGCGAGGGUUUGGCUCCUUCCCAGCACUCGAGGUGCUGGACCUCACCUACAACAACCUAAACGAGGCCUCCCUGCCAGGAAACUUCUUCUAUCUCACCACGUUGCGUGCUCUCUACCUCAGUGACAACGACUUUGAGACACUUCCUCCCGACGUAGGGAAGCUCAACAAGCUGCAGAUUCUGAGCGUGCGCGAUAACGAUCUGGUGUCAUUGCCGCGGGAGGUGGGAGAACUCACGCAGCUCAAGGAGCUGCACAUCCAGGGCAACCGCCUCACUGUGCUGCCACCUGAGCUUGGUGUGCUGGAUUUGGUGGGUCCCAAGCAGGUGUUCAAGGCUGAGAAUAAUCCCUGGGUGGCCCCAAUCGCUGACCAGUUCCAGGUCGGGCUGUCCCACGUCUUCGAGUACAUCCGCUCCGAGACUUACAAGUAUUUAUACGGCCGGCACAUGCAGGCCAAUCCAUCCCCACCACCCAAGACCAACGACAAGACCAAGAAGAUCAGUCGCCGUCCUCUGGCGGCCAAGAACAAGUAGUACCUGGCCGAUAACCCUGGGGUCCUCUCCAGACAGUCCCAGCCACCCACAGUCCCACCCACAGAUCCACAUCUCCUGCAUCCAGCCAGCACUCAGCCAGCACCCAGCCAAAGGCUCCCUCCUCCUGUCACACCGGCUAUGGCUCUCUAUUGCCUCAUGGGCCUUGUCAGUUCUUGGGGGUUCCUGGCCGAUGCAUCCAGGAACCCCCUGUAUAGUGCCAGUAGUUACUUGAUGUCCAGCUGUCAUUGCCAGACCCACAGUGCCUUUCACUAAAUACUCUAGCUGCUGUUUGUAAAACACACAAACCUGUCUUUAACCGUUGUGUUCGUUAUAUAAUCGUUUGGCGGAACGGUGAUGUUGCUCGUAAAAGUUAUUCCUCUGGGAGGUGGCCACAUAUUUGUCCUCGCCACCCUUUCAUCCCACCGACCUCGCUGUUGCACAGGCAGAUUCGUUCCGAGGCUAGUGAGCGUGUGGGAGGGCACGCUGCUGACAGAAUGGACAAUUACUCGUGUCGACGAGCAAGUCGGUCACUUGAAGACCACAAUUUCCCAAAGCUUCAUUAUUAACGUGGAGGUUGGAAGUGCGGCAGUGCUUGAAAAUCCACCCACACACUUGCAUCCCCACCCGGUGAGUCCAACAUAUGAGGAUCCUAACUCAAGACAUCCGUUUAUCAAAGCCCCUUCUUACGCUCCCGAUAGUUGCAUUGAAUUGUAAAAAUAUGGAUAAUUAUUUUUAAUGCACAUUAAGUCCAAACAUUUUCUCGCUUGGAGAAGGCGAUACAGCAAAGUGUGGACUAUUAUCACGUUGCUUCUGCAUUGGAUAAUGUUUUCCCCCACGUACGUGUGAUUUUCUCCUGGAAAUCCAGUUUAACAUAAUAGAGGACUCCAGAACAUGGGCAAUUUUUGGUGCCGGCUCACUGUCAGGCUGCCUUCCGUGUCUGUAGUUCCUCAGCAUUGCUUGACGCCAAUGCUUUAUAAAUUAAAACAUUUUGCAAUAUUAAAAACACCGAUUCUUGAAUUGUGACCCCAAACCAAGACCAGCCUUUAUUUCGUGGGGGCAGAAGCGAGUUGAAAUCAUCACAUGCCUCUUGACUACUCCGGCCCACUGCCAAUUAUUGGUUUAGCACUGAGCAACCAUAUUAAACUAUUGCGCUCCACAUUACUUAUGAUAAUCACAAAAUAGUUUUAAAGUUUAAAUGUGCGCUAUAGUUUUGCAUGACGGCGUUAUUAAGAUAUUUUCUACACCUGUAAUCGCAAAAAAAGGUUUAAAUGAUUUUUCUUGCUCACAGAUCAUAAGCUUUUUCCACAACUCCGUAGUCCUUAAACACCUGACAUCAGGGUACGGUGAAUUUGCCAGGAGUGUUGUAUGAAUGACUGGAGGCAGAACACCCGUGCUAUCUGCCUUCUCCGUACGGCUCUGCACCUACUGCGGCAUUAUCACGGCACAGAACGGGUCAUCUCGCAUCAAAGCCGUGGGUUCGUUACCCGAGAAUGUCCGGCGGUCGGUGGGAUAACGGGGUCGUCGCGUGUACGUGUAUCGUGUUCGAGAGAGCCCUUCAAGCCGCGCUUGCAGGACAUUCCGAUGACCUGCCUUGACGAUAGAUCCCCUGGCGCUCGCCCCGAGUAGAGGUGCGGCCCAACGGCCCAGUGUUCGUGCUGGAACGGCGUUUGUUAGGUUCACGCCGGCAGGGUUUCGGUCACAUGGUCGGCGUGUUCCACAAGCCACCUACACAACUCCUGUUGUCCACGAGGUGCAGCUUUAUUUCAAUGAAAUGCCUUAAAGUUACUUUUUUUUCGUCAAUUAUGAAUGGAAUUCCAAAACUAUAUCUGGGAUCAUGAUCACUUGUGCGCCUCUGCUGCGACUGCUGCGUAACGCAGAAAUCUUGCUCAGCGGUAGAGCGAGCGGCUCGCAAUUGGAAGUUUGUGACUUCAAAUCCUUGCUGGAGGUUGACUCCUCAUCGCUACUGGGGUCCAUAAAAUGAGUAUCACUUUGUAGAAAAGUCAACAGUGGCUGCCGUAUGGAUUAACUUGCCCCCACCGUAGGAAUUUCCGCUAAUGGCUCCGAGUGGUAAACAGAAGAUAAGCACCGCCUCAGUGCUCAAUUGAGCAGAUCACUGUGACAACAGAAACAAAGAUUCCCCAUGCAGCCUUAACAAACUGUUGGGGCAAGUGCUGUUAGCGAACACCUAUUAAGGUCAGCACGGCACGAGGGGUUGGGAGGCCAGCUCACCACCACUACCACCAGCAUCGUCAUUAACACGAAUUCGCAUCCAACUGAAACUCGCACAGCAGCAGGGCAUUCGGAGCCGGUGAUUUUUAUUGUGAACCCUUUCCUGCUGGUGGUAAUCAAAUAACCUAUGAGGGUAAACUUCAGGUUCCCGACACCUCUCUCUGGCCAGUAUUAAGCAGCACAGAUUCUUUUAUUCAGCAGAACUGCCCACAAAUGUGCCUCGGGUGGUCAGCUCGCCCCACGAUUCUGUGCUCGCGUUUCACAAACGCCUCGUGAGUUUCCCCUCCGUUUACACCGAUUCUAGUGCAAAGCGCCGGACGAUUUCACUUAAGUUGCUGUGUAUGAAUGCCUGAUGAAGUGUAAUUUCAGGUGCUAAAUAACAAACCUAGCCUAUAGCUGUGGUUUUGAAAGAACGGACACAACCUAACAUGUCUGGCCGGACUCUAGUCCACGUUGCUCGUUCCGCUUCCUGCCCUGCAUGUACAUUUGCUUUUGUAAACCUAUAUAAUGUAAACCUAUAUGACGUAAACCUAUAUCAUGUAAACCUAUAUAACGUAAUAAAGUGGUUAUGCUUA